AGCCCACACGAACUCACCCUUUUCUUCUGCCAGGCACGUUGCUUUCCUGAGAGGCCACCGUGUGGGAAGGAAAAGCAGCUCUGUGCCGACCACUGUCUGGAACCUUGGAGACGGUGAAAUUGUCUGAUUCUCUCGGCGCCCGGGAGGCAGGGCCAGGAUGUUCCGGAAGGGCAAGAAGCGGCACAGCAGCAGCAGCUCCCAGAGCAGCGAGAUCAGCACCAAGAGCAAGUCCGUGGACUCCAGCCUCGGGGGCCUCUCCCGCUCCAGCACCGUGGCCAGCCUGGACACAGACUCCACCAGGAGCUCAGGACAAAGCAACAAUAAUUCUGAUACCUGUGCGGAAUUUCGAAUAAAAUACGUCGGUGCCAUUGAGAAACUAAAGCUUUCUGAGGGAGAGAGUCUGGAAGGGCCACUAGACCUGAUAAACUAUAUAGAUGUUGCCCAGCAAGAUGGAAAGCUGCCUUUCGUGCCGCUGGAGGAAGAAUUUAUCAUGGGCGUUUCCAAGUAUGGCAUAAAAGUGUCCACAUCAGAUCAGUACGAUGUGCUGCACAGGCACGCGCUCCACCUGAUCGUGCGGAUGGUGUGCUACGACGACGGGCUGGGGGCGGGGCGGGGCCUGCUGGCCCUGGAGACCACGGACGCGGCCGACGAGGAGUGCAGCCUGUGGGUCUACCAGUGCCACAGCCUGGAGCAGGCGCAAGCCAUCUGCAGAGUCCUGGCCACCGCCUUCGACGCCGUGUUAACUUCUGAGAAACCGUGAACUCUGCCAGACGGUGGCCUCGAGCUCGGGCCAAAGCUCAGCACUUUGCUAAACGUCUUUUUAACCUGCAGGAUUGAGUAGUUACGAAACGUUAUGUUACCCCAUGCUCUAGAUUUUCCAAAAUAAAUGCAAUGUAUAAACCGCC